AUGGCUGUGACCCCUGGCGGGACCUCGGCGCUGACAGUGGAGGCUCCGCCAUCCCAAUCCGAAGCGUGCACCGUGGAGCCCAGCUCGGUGAGCGCAAAGCAAGGGCAGCAGGGAGUGGGGUCUGAGCAAGGCCAGAGUAGGGGCUCUGGACUCCAGCGUGCGAAUGCUGGCCGAGAAGAUCCCUCUAGCUUCAGGGUCUCUUUAGCAGCUGGUCCCACCUCUUUACUCAGCCAGGAUCAGUGUGGGCUUGUUUCAGCCAUCAGCCUGACAUUGUCCUUAGUGGCUUUGACAGACAGCAGAGCCAAGCACCUGUCGUUUUGCACAAAGUUGUGCUAUGGCAUUGGUGGAAUCCCCAACCAGGUGGCCUCCAGUGCCACAGCCUUCUACCUGCAGCUCUUCCUGCUUGAUGUGGCCCAGAUCCCUGCUGCCCAGGUAUCACUUGUCCUGUUUGGAGGGAAGGUGUCUGGGGCAGCUGCUGACCCUUUGGCUGGGUUCCUCAUCAACAGAAGCAGGAGCACUGGGUCUGGAAGACUCAUGCCCUGGGUGCUGGGCUGCACACCCUUCAUUGCCUUGGCCUACUUCUUCCUGUGGUUCCUGCCCCCCUUCACCAGCCUUCGGGGACUCUGGUACAUGAUCUUCUAUUGCCUGUUCCAGGCUCUGGCCACAUUCUUCCAGGUGCCUUACACAGCACUCACCAUGCUUCUGACCCCCAGCCCGAGAGAACGGGACUCAGCCACUGCAUACCGGAUGACCAUGGAGAUGGCUGGUACAUUGAUGGGAGCUACCAUCCAUGGACUGAUCGUGUCUGGUGCUCACGGAUCCCACAGGUGCGAGGAGGCAGCGCUCCCCAGGCCAGAUGGUGUCUCCCCAAAUGCGAUGCAUCUCUACUCCAUCGCAGCUGCUAUGGUUGCUCUAACUUACCCUGUGUGCAUUGCCCUGCUCCCCCUGGGGGUGAAGGAGCAGCCAGAUUCUUCUGCCCCAGCCUCAGGUCAAAGCCUGAGCUUCCUAGCUGGGCUGGGCCUCACGGUUCGCCACCCACCCUACCUGAAGCUGGUGGUCUCCUUCCUGUUCAUCUCGGCUGCUCUUCAGGUGGAGCAGAGCUACCUGGUCCUGUUCUGCAUGCAUGCCUCCCGGCUGCAUGACCACGUCCAGAGGCUGGUGCUAACCAUCCUGGUAUCGGCUGUGCUGAGUACCCCACUGUGGGAGUGGAUCCUACAUCGAUUUGGGAAGAAGAUCUCAGCCCUUGGGAUCUGUGUGAUAGUGCCUUUUGCAGUCUUGUUGGCCGCCACGCCCACCGCACCUGUGGCCUACGUUGUGGCCUUUGCAUCCGGCGUGAGCAUUGCUGUGUCCAUGCUGCUACCCUGGUCCAUGCUGCCGGAUGUGGUGGAUGACUUCCAGCUGCAGCACCACCAUGGCCCAGGCCUGGAGACCAUCUUCUACUCCUCCUUUGUCUUCUUCACCAAGCUUUCAGGCGCAGGUGCCCUGGGCAUUUCCACUCUCAGUCUGGAGUUCACCGGGUACAAGGCUGGAGCCUGCGAGCAGGCAGAGGAGGUGGUGGUAACCCUCAAGGUCCUCAUAGGAGCUGUGCCCACCUGCAUGAUCCUCGCGGGGCUGUGCAUCCUCCUGGUCAGCCCCACUCCGAAGGUGCCCCAUCAGGAUCCCUCCCGCCGGCUGAGCCUCCGGAGGAGGACCAGCUACAGCCUUGGUUAA